AUGGUUGAAAGAGUUAAUCCAAAUGAUCUUGUCGAUCCAAAUGCCAGACAUGUCCCAGCUUUGGUUAUCCUUGCUGUUCCUGCUCAACCAGCUGCUAGAACUAUUCAUAAAGUGAAAAUCCCUCUUACAAACCAUGUGACUAACAGUAUUUUCAAUCUUGAGUUAAAAGAGAAGGCACCUGAGCAGGUUAGUCCCGUAGUCACUGAUGAUGAUUCUAAAGACAAGAAGGAGAAAAGGGCUAAAGAAAAAGUUGUAAGUGAUGAAAUUCAAGUGGAGAAGAAGACCUUACCUUUACCCUUUCCUCAGAGGAAAAGGAAACAUCAAGAAGAGGCUAGUUACAAGAAGUUCUUAGAUCUUCUAAAGCAGGUUCAUGUAAAUCUUCCUCUUAUUGAUAUUCUACAAAGUGUUCCAAAAUAUGCAAAAUAUCUAAAGGACAUUAUGGCAAACAAGAACCAGUUGAUAAAGUAUGCUACAGUUGCACUUACCGAGGAGUGUAAAUCACAGAUACAAAACAAACUGCCCAUGAAGUUGAAGGAUCCAAGUAGUUUUACCUUGCAGAUCAAUAUUGGGUAG